AUGACGCUUCAGUACAUCACCUUGCUGUGUUCCGUUUUUAUAUUUGCUCAAGUUUGCUCGAUGCCAACAACCUGUCAUCUUCCGUGGAGGCUCGUAAAAACAAGCUACAAUUUACUUGAGAACAUGGGAGGCAUUUUUCCCCGUGAAUGCUUGGAUGAAAACAUUCAGAUAACUUUCCCGAAAUCUGCUCUGAUGUUAAAGGGCUCAAAUGAGAAAGCAGUAGGCCUAUAUACAAUCAUGGAGCACAUCGACUUUCUGUUUGCGAACGACACUUUCCCAGAGUCCUGGGACCAGGAGAAAGCAGAGCAUUUCCUACACCUAGUUUACCGCCUAACUGAGGAGAGCAAAUGUGAGGGAAGGCAUCGGCCUGUAAGAGAGAAUGCUCUAAACACCUAUUUCAAUAAAUUAGCCACUCUACUUAGAGACAAGGACCACAGUUUCUGCGCUUGGGAGGUGAUUCGAAAGGAGCUAUUGCAUGUUCUUAAAGUCAUCCUUAAGCUUAACUCAUCCAAAGUGUAG